AUGAAGGGGAAACCUAAUCACACAGAGUUAGGAGGGGGUAAACAAGAUUUCAUCAUCUUCAAGGCCCCUCCCGGUGCUGGCACCUUCAUCGUUCGAAUAAAGACGGGUGGUGACACCGUCAAGAAUGUUACAGCGGCAAAGGGCUUCGAUGUUAAUGCCCAUGAUUCAACAAUCCAUAAAUUGUAUGCCCUUCAAACCCAUCAGCUAUCUUCUUCAUCUCUUAAAUCCAUCUCAACUUCUUCCACAAAUCAACACUCAUUUACAGUAAAUUACCUCAUCAAUUCAUGUGGGUUGAGUCCAGAAACUGUAAUUUCAGCUUCUGAACACGUCAAUUUCAAAACCCUAGACAAACCAGAUUCCAUUCUUAGCUUCUUCAAGAACCAUGAUUUCAGCAAAACCCAGAUAUCAGCUAUCAUCACAAGACGCCCAAAACUUCUCUUAUCGGAUCCCAAGAAGACCCUCUUGCCCAAAUUCGAGUUCUUCUACUCCACUGGCAUUUCCAGCACUGAGCUCGUGAAGGUAUUAUCCUUUUCCCCAACUGUAUUGACACGAAGCUUGGAGAACCAAAUCAUCCCAUGUUUCAAAAUUUUGAAGAAUUUAUUUCAGUCAGAUAAUAAGUUUAUCACGGCCUUUAAAAGAUUUCCUGAUAUUCUAGGGUGUGAUCACAGUGUAUUUCCCAACAUUGAAAGUUUAUCACGGCCUUUAAUUAAUCAUUCACACAUUUAG